AUGACGAGCAGCGGCAGAAACUACGACUACGACGCCGGGUUCCAGCGCCCUCACCGCGACUCGAUGAGGACGGGAUACGUGCUCGUGUCAGAAGAGCGGGAGUCUGGCUCCGAGUACUCGGGCUCGACGUGCUGCUGCGAGAGCUGUGGGUCGAGCUGCUGCAGCUCCGAGAGCAGUGGCGAAGACGACGAUGCGUAUCUGAGCGACUGCUCGGCUUGUUGGGCGCGGCGAGAUGCGUUGCGCAGGGGUAGGGCGGGAUGGAGCGAGGGAGAGAGGGGGUAUGCGGAUUCGGGGCGUAGGGCUGAGGCGAGGGAUCAGGAUCGCCAUCAUCACAAUCACCGCCAUGGACAGCACAGACAUGGCGAAACGCGUCAGAGAGGCCAGCAGAACAGCGGCCAUACGUCUCGAAACGACACCUCUAGCACAAAUAUAAACACAAACACAAACAGCUACAAUAUUACAGCGACGCCGGCUUACCGCAGCCUCACGGAGCACAUCCUGGCCUCCACCAGACGCCUUCACCAGGACGAAGAAAACCUCCGCCAUUUUCGAACGUGGAUGCGCGUAUUGGAAGAUAUCCAGCGUCCGUCACACGUGACCCUGAGCAAUAGUAACGCUGCCCCUGCCCCUGCCCCUGCUGCUGUUGCUGCUGCGAGGACUGGCCAGGGCUCGUCUUCGGCGACAGCACUUGGAAGGGCGUCUGAUGCCUCGUCUCGCGCGAUUGCGGGUGAAGAGGCUGCAGCGAGACAGACUCGGGUGUAUCCGCGAGGAGCGCGGGGAUACUUCAUGUCCGGGGGCAGAAGCAUUUCCAGCAAUCGGCGACGGAGACUGUGA